AACUUGGUAAUCCUAGAAAGUCAAUAUUGUGUAAAGUUGAGAGAAAAGUCUUCACAACGGAAGAAGAAAUCACUUUUUUGUCCCGAAUCAGUGGGUGGAGGCAAAACCCUUCAGCAAGAAGAGAAACAACUUCAGCCGGGUAUGCAAAUGGAUAACCGGUUGCCUCCCAAAAAAGUUCCAGGUUUCUGUUCCUUUCGCUAUGGAUUGUCUUUCCUUGUGCACUGUUGUAAUGUUAUAAUAACAGCACAGCGUGCGUGCCUGAACCUCACAAUGGUAGUCAUGGUGAAUAGCACAGAUCCACAUGGUUUGCCCAACACCUCCACAAAGAAGCUCCUGGAUAAUAUAAAGAACCCUGUGUAUAAUUGGAGCCCAGAUAUCCAGGGAAUCAUCUUGAGUUCCACCUCCUAUGGUGUCAUCAUCAUCCAAGUUCCUGUUGGAUACUUCUCUGGAAUAUAUUCUACAAAGAAAAUGAUUGGCUUUGCAUUAUGCCUCAGCUCUGUGUUAAGCCUGCUCAUCCCACCAGCAGCUGGAAUUGGAGUAGCUUGGGUCAUUGUAUGUCGAGCAGUUCAGGGAGCAGCCCAGGGGAUAGUUGCAACAGCCCAGUUUGAAAUAUAUGUCAAAUGGGCUCCUCCCCUGGAGCGAGGCCGACUUACUUCUAUGAGUACAUCAGGGUUUUUGCUGGGACCCUUUAUUGUCCUACUUGUGACUGGAGUUAUCUGUGAAUCUCUGGGCUGGCCCAUGGUCUUCUAUAUUUUUGGUGCUUGUGGCUGUGCCGUAUGUCUUCUCUGGUUCGUUCUGUUUUAUGAUGACCCCAAGGACCACCCAUGUAUAAGCAUCAGUGAAAAGGAAUACAUCACAUCCUCCCUGGUCCAGCAGGUCAGUUCAAGUAGACAAUCUCUGCCUAUCAAGGCUAUGCUUAAGUCGCUUCCAGUCUGGGCUAUUUCCAUUGGUUGUUUUACGUUUUUCUGGUCACAUAACAUCAUGACACUAUACACUCCAAUGUUUAUCAACUCCAUGCUUCAUGUUAAUAUAAAAGAGAAUGGGUUCUUGUCUUCCCUUCCCUAUUUGUUUGCCUGGAUCUGUGGUAACCUAGCAGGUCAGUUAUCAGACUUCUUCCUGACCAGGAAUAUUCUCAGCGUAAUUGCUGUCCGGAAACUCUUCACAGCAGCAGGAUUUCUCCUUCCUGCAAUCUUUGGUGUCUGCCUGCCUUACCUGAGUUCCAGCUUCUACAGCAUUGUCAUUUUCCUAAUACUUGCUGGUGCAACAGGCAGCUUUUGCUUGGGUGGAGUGUUUAUAAAUGGCUUGGAUAUUGCUCCCAGAUAUUUUGGAUUUAUUAAAGCAUGUUCAACUUUAACUGGAAUGAUAGGAGGACUAAUUGCUUCCACUUUGACUGGAUUGAUCCUUAAGCAGGAUCCGGAAUCCGCCUGGUUUAAAACCUUCAUCCUGAUGGCAGCCAUUAAUGUGACUGGCCUAAUUUUCUACCUUAUAGUUGCUAAAGCAGAAAUUCAGGACUGGGCUAAAGAAAAACAACACACACGUCUCUGAAGCCUAGAAGCCAUUGCCACUAUGCCUGGCACACCAGGAUUGCAAAAGUCCAUUGGUUCCCAGAUGCCCUGCCUCCUACCCAGCCUCACCCAGGAAGAAGUUGCUUCGCAGCCCUGGAACUGCUGUUUCCACCUCUCUUCCCUCCGAAUGUACCGGGUUCAUGAGUUUAGUAGACAGCUGUGAGUUGAUGUCCAAUGUCACCCUUUAUUUUGGCCCUCAGUGUUUUGAAUUUAUUAUAGUAAAUAGUCCUCGUUGAUUUGGGUAUGAGGUAGUUCUCUAGGUUUUGUAAUGUUCUAUUUUUGCUUCUUUAAAUUUAUUUCAGUGGAUCCUAGGGACAAUAGCUGAAUAAGGGGCAUGCAUUGUGCUUGUGGUAGUUCCUUUACAGUGGGGCUUCUCAAUCUCUUGUGUAAUGAACCACAACUCAGAAUAUAAUGCAGAGGAUUCUAAAGGAGACUGAUUAUGUUGAAAUAGUUAUCAAGAUACUAAAAAGUAUGUUUAUGAUAACAUGAUUUUUAUUAAUGCUUUAGUCUGAAUAAAAGUUCUCUGAAGAGAAAUUUAUAGGAAAGAGGCUAUCCUAGUGAACAGUUUGUGAACUAAGGAGAGGCAGAUUUAAGGUGCAGUCUAAAGAGCAAAAGGAGAGUUCACCGUUUAUAGAGAAAGUUCCCUCCCAGGUUCCCACUCAGGUCCACUUAUGCAAAUGCAUGAUUCAGAUUUGCUUAGUUCUGAGAGGUUGACACUUGCUGAAUUUUGAUUGGUCAACUCAGGCUGCAGUCUAUUUGUUGGUUCAGGCACAUAAACAGGAACAAGCAGCUAUGAACUUCCCAAAGUUAAGAAGGUGUGUGGGUUUUGUGGAAACUCAAAGUGCGUGUGUGACCUCCAGUCGCAAAUGACUGCUUGGCUCUAUUUUGAUUUUAAGCCCAGUUAGCCAAUCAGCAUCCAACUUGAAGGAUUUGUUCUUUCAUAGUUCACAAUUGUAAUGUCAUAGGAAAAUACCUGUGAUUUUUAUUGAUAUCUAAGUCCUCAGUACUACCACUGCUAUGAUGUAUUACCUACAUUCAUAAUGGAAGGAAAUGUUAAAUUUUAGUCAGAUGCUAAGGAAUAAAGAUGUAAUUUUUUUCUAUGUAAAUUCACAGACCCUGGAUUAAGAAUCCCUGCUAUCUAAUAUUCAUUCAGACAGUAAAUAAACAUAUUUAAGCACUUUUGUAGGUGCUGGGAUAGAGCAGUGAGCAACAUCAUCAGGACUUCAGUGCCUAAAAGAGCUUCACAUUUUGAUAGGGGGAAACAAAUAGCUGUAUUUAAACAGGAUAAUUCCAGGCAUUGAUAUACUAAAAAGAACAUGAAAUAGGGUAACACGAUGGAGCAUGUUCAAGAGGGCUGUUUUUGCUGGAGGUCAGUGAGUAUUCCGAGGAUAAAAAAUAAUGUGCCUCUCUUUCUCAUCACUGAAGUCUCAACACAAAUGUCACCUACUGGGCAAAAUUUGUUCUCACUUGCACCCAGCUCUCACUGUUCUAUCCCAGCACCUAUAAAAGUGCUUAAAUGUAUUUCUUUACUGUCUGAAUGAAUAUCAGAAAGCAGGGAUUCUUAAUCUAGGGUCUGUGAAUUUACAUACUCUGGGAAAGAGUAUUCCAAGCAUAAAAAAUAACCAAGGAAAGUAAUCUGGGAUGGGAGUGAGCUCAGUAUUCCUAAGAGGGAGAAUGAAGGGCAGGGUGGUUCAAUCUCAUAAGUAAAGAGAGAUAAACUGUGUAAGUGGUUAAGGUUAAGUAAUUAAUGUAGUGCUUCCAGGUCAUGGCAAAAGCUUGGUUUGCAUCCAAUUCUGUCUAUAAUCAAAUCCAUUGGAUACUUUCGAGAAGAGUGACUUUCCUGAUCAAUGAUUUAUAAAGAUCAUUUUUGCCACCUUCUAGAGGAAGGACUUUAGGAAAACAAGAGUAGAGGCAGGGAGACCAGGACAGAUGCUGUUUCAGAGGUUCAAGUGAGAGAUGUUGGCAGUGCAGACUAGGAUGUAGGCAGGGGAGAGGGUGAGAAGCAGCCAGAUUCAGAUGAGUUCUGGAGGUACAGCAGGCCAGACAAGGCAGGGAGAUUGUGAACUAUGCAGAAAGAGAAGAAACAAGGAUAGGACCUAGAUUUUGGCUUUAGCAACUAAAGAGUGUCUAUUACGAGAUUGGAAAGCUUGACAAGGAGGAGGAUGGGGUAGGAUUUUGUCCACAUUAAAUUGAAACGUUUCAGAGAUCAAAAGGAAGGCUCUGGUUUUAUAGCAAAGGUUCCUGCUCAGGUCCUCAUUCAGUUCCUUUAUGCAAAUGAAGGAUGUUGGGUCAGCAUGAUCCUGAUGGGGGUCUUUUGCAGACAGUUGUUAAAACAGGCUAGAACAAUUUUAAAGGGAGUCAAAUGUAUAGCCCAAAUAUGUGGAAGACUUGUAGACUGGUCUCGAACUCCUAACCUCAAGUGAUUCGCCUGCCUUGGCCUACCAAAGUGCUGGGAUUACAGGCGUGAGCCACCGUGUGAGGCCCCACCUAGGUUUUUAAUCAGGUUCAUUUAUGUAAAUAAAAAAUGGAAACACGUUUAGUUGUGAUUGGUGAGUGUAGUUGAUUUCUCAUUGGCUGGCAAAAAUGAGUUCUGGUUGGUCAAUACAGCUGAACCCUGAUUGAUUGACUGAGGCUGCUGAGCUCUGAUUGGUUGGUUCAGGUGAAUGCUGGAAGUCCCAAAUAUAAAAGGAUGCAGAUUUUCAGGGAACUGAGAGUAUGUGUGUGACUCCUACCUGGUCAGAAAAUUGCAUCUUGGCUCUAUUUUAAACUUAGGCCCAGUUAGCCACCUGGGAUCCAUCUUGAAGAAUUGGCUUGAAGGAUUCACAUUUGUUCACUAUGUAAAUAGAUUUUUAACAGUAGAUUUAGGUGAAUGUGUUUGGGUCUGUAAAGAGAAAUGGACUCUACAGCUCUAUUCCUUGAAGGCAGAGACAGAGAAUGAAGCCACGUAAGUAGUAGGAAAUGUUCCCGCCACCUUUGCACCUGCAAAUGGACUCGGUCACUUCACAGGCCUAUUUCUCCUUCAGACAUCGUCACAGCCACAUGGGCAAUGGGCAGGAAAGAAUUUCAGGACUGUGAUAGUAUUUUAACCUCCUGUAGGCCUUUAAAAUUUUCUGUGUUGACCACUUAAAGCAUUCAGCAGCUUUGGAGUCAUCCAGAAGGUGUGAGCUCACGCAGAGCCAAAAAGGAGAGAAAGAAGAGUGUUUCCUUCUAGACAAUUCAUAGUCUUUUGUUCAUCUGUAGACGUUUAUUGCAUGGCUUAAGUGAAGAUUUGGGUUUAUUUUCCUAGUGUUUGAAUUUUACCACCAUUGUUUUUUAAAAAAUAAUUUGCGUUUUCCUCUCUGACUUAAAAUACCAACUUUUAGUAAAAGGAAUCUCUGUAUAUUUAUGUCUAUUUCUGGGCUUAAUAUUUAGUUUUAGUUUAAUAUCUAUUACUAGACCUAUUAUACAAUAUAUUCAGUGGUCUAAAUUUUAAUGUUUGUAAAUAUCAGGCAGGUCAAAAAAAACAUCAUUUUCACUUUUGAAAAUAUUAUUUUCUAGUAUCAGCUGUUUAUUCUUCCAGGAAAGUUUAUAAUCAGUGGACCUUAUUUAAAAAGACCUGUAGCAGUGUUUUUAGAGUUGCACUGAAUUGCAAUAAAUCCAAUGGGGAGAAAUUGGUAGUUAUAACAGUACUCAAUGUCAAUAUUCAAUAUCAAUAGUACUCAAUAAUACUGGUAUAAGAACAUGAUAAGACUUCCAUUGCUGAACUUGGCUUCAGGUUUUCCUCAGUCAAGUAUUAGUUUGCUUCCUGCAUUUCCUAUGAAUUUCUUACAAAACUUAAGGUUGUUAUCUUAUAUUUUCUGAAUUUGAUUUUUAUUCAUUGUAUUUUCAGGAAUAUUGGAAAGAUAUCAUUUGAAUAUAUUUAAUUUUUUAACUGAAAAAACUAUUGCUAAGCUAUCUUGUUAGUUUCGUUUUGAAUAAUAGAUUCUUGUGUUUUCGGGUAGAUGAUCCUCAUCAUUUGCAAAUAAUAAUGGGCUAAUAUUGGGAUUCCUUUAUUCUUUAUGGCUUUAAUUGCACAGCCUCUAGGCAUAUUCUUAAACAAUAAAUUGGCUGUUAAUUUAAAAUAGGCAUUUAAUUAUGUCAAUGAAUUGUCUUUUUGUUCUUUUUUAGAUUGAAAAUCAAAAACCAAGAAUAGAAAUUGAGUUUUGUUAAAUGUGUUUGUAGCUUCUAUUCAGAUGAUUGCAUAUUUUUCUUUGUUGUGAUUUAUUAAUAAAAUAUACUUUUAAUAUUAAAAUCAGACGUCCAUUCCUGAUAUUAAAACUUUUUAGAUCAAAGAAAGUUAAUAUUACAAGGAACUUGGGAUUAGUUUGAAGGGGCAAUGGAGCAUCAUAUUUAGUUCUGAACUUCUUAGUAUCAAAAAUAAAAUAGAAAAUGCAAUUAAAAAAUAAAAUAGAAGCUCUUUGUCUAAUAAAAAUAUAUCAACAACAUUGCUUUGAGGGAAGCAAAACUUUCCUGGGACUGAAUUCUUCGAGUGAAUAAUGUUGUGGACAGAACAUAAAUAGGGGUAAGAGCUUCUCCACCGUCUUCCAGACCCAUGGAUCUGGGCUUCAUUAAUCUAUUGGGGUAUUAAAUCAGAUGUUUACCAAAUACCGGGAUGGAGUAUUGUUAACAUUAUAACCAUUGAGUUGAACAAAGAUGACUUAAGGGAUGUAAUCAAAAUGCAAUUCUAUUUUUUAUCUCCUACCUUCCCUAUUUGUUUAACUUGAAAAAAAUCUCAAGGUACAGGAAAGUUUUUAAGAGUAGUACAAAGAGCUUUUUUUCCUUAACCAUUUGAGGGCAAGUUGCUAGCAUGAUGCCCUCACCAUCAUCUCCACACCACUCACACACUUUAGGGUAUCCUACAAACAAGGACAUUUUUCUACUUAACCACAAAACAACCGUCAACAUCAGGUAACUAAUGCUGAUACAUUUCUACCAUGUAAUUCUGGGACCUCAUUCACAUUUCAUCAGUUGUAUCAGUGAUAUUCUUUUCGGCCAAAAGAUUCACUUCAGAAUUUCAUGUUGCAUUUAGUUGCCAUGUCUCUUUAGUUUCUUUAACUCUAGAAUUGUUCUUAGUCUUUCCUUGAUUUUGAUGACAUGAUUAGAGAGUGCAGGCUAGUUAUUUUGUAGAAGUUCCCCAGUGUGGGUUUCUUUGAUGUUUUCACAUGAUUAAAUUCAGGUUAGGGAUACCACAAAGAUGUCCCUGUGUUCUUCUCAGGUCAUUAUACCGGAGUCAUAUGAUGCUGAUAUGUACCAUUUCUGGCUCUUCAUUUGAUUAAGGUGGGGCCUAUCAGGUUUUGCCUCUGCAAAGUUACUCCUUCUCCCAUUGAAAUCAACAGGUAGUUUGUUAAUUUGGAACUAUGUAAAUAUUUACAUACUUUGGAACUAUGUAAAUAUUUACAUACUUUGGAACUAUGUAAAUAUUUCAUCCUACAUCAGACUUUCAAUUUAUUCACUUAUUUAUUUUAGUAAAGCUCAUAAUUUUGUUUUAUUUAGUGAUUUAUAAUAUAUUACUAUUUUUGUUUACUUUGAUGCUCAAUUUAUCUCAAUUUUGGCCAGUUGGAGGUUCUUCAUCAUUCUUUGAGCACUUUCUUACUUUGUGGCACAAAACAAAAUUCCAGAGUCAUCUUGAGUUUUUCCCUGACCAAGCCCUGAAAUCAGCCCUCACUCUAGUAAGCUCUAGUUCCUCUUAAUGUUUGAGAAUUGUAUUUAGAAACCAAGAUCUCAGUGGUAGAUGUGUUCAUGGCUUCUGGGGCCUCUGCCCUCAGGUUUGCUAGGUAGACAAAGUUAGGGACUAUAUGUGUAUACAUACAUAUCUAUCUACCUACCUACUACCUACCUACCUAUCUUUCUAUUGAUAUCCAUGAAUUUACACCAGUACUUCCAUCCAUUCCAGUCCAAUACAAAGUUUCUUCAAGUUUUCUACUUUUCCAUAUUUUUAACUUUCUUUUCCAGCAGUGAGCUCCUAUUAGGCUUAAUGUUUGUAUUUACUUUGUCAAUCCCCUUGUGUGCCACCAUCAUCCCAUUUCCAGACAUCCUUCUCAUUCUUUUCCCAGGCCUACACCCCUCACUCUGAUGCCCCCUUGUGGAUGCUCUCCUUUCCUGCCCAUGCUCUGAUUCCCUGACACAGGCCACACCUCCUGGACCAAGGCAACCUUCCUCAUCUCUUGGACACGGACAUCUUUGCUAAGUUGCACAACUUUGCCUAGAAGCUUUCCUCAACCCACUUCAGUGGGCGAGGCUGUCACCCAGCUCAGACACCCUCUGCACCUGGUCAGGCUUCAGCAUCCUAUGCCAGGCUGUCCUCCUGCAUGAACACAAUCCUCGCCCUGCACAGGCUCUAACACCUCUCACUGGGCCACUGUGGCUCCCCACACCGUGUCCUGCUGGAGCAUCCCCAGGUUAGCCAUUAAGCAAAAUAAGCUUGUGUUUAGGGCACCAAGAAAAGAGGGCACCACAGAGCUUUCCCCCAGCUGUCAUGCCCUUAAGUCUUUCACUGGUCAUAUGAUGUUAGUAACAUUUUUUGUAAUUGUCUUUAUUUGCUGUUUAGAUUUAAUCUAAAAUUUUUUCAAAUGUGCUCUUUGGCAUGGUGAGUGACUAAAGUUUAAAAGUUUGAUUUGAAGGUGAUAUCAGAUAUAACAUUUCUUUCUGUCUCAUGCUCUGAGGGUUUUUGCCUCCCUGAAAGCUGGCUGUGUCUGGCUAGCAUUUAACUCGUCAGCUGAUUUGUUUAAGGAACACUUAAGCUCUUUAUUUUAAGAAAUGGAAGGGCCAAGGGUGUUACAGAACCACCAGAUUCAUAUUCCCACUACUCAGUAACAAACUAAUGCAUUCAGCACAUAGGUUUUGCAGCAGAGAAAGAAUUUAAUGAAUACAGGGUGACCAAGCAAGAAGACUGGGCGAAUCCUCAGAGGGAUCUCCAUUUCCAGAGGAAACUCCUUUUCCCCCAAGGACUCUUGUGCUGGGAUUUUUAAGGGAGUCUUGGAGGGCAAGGGCUAGAAAACUGAGGGUACUGAGUGGUCAGGGUAAGGGGGAUGAAGCCAUCAGGAUGUAUUCUUUGGUGAGCCAGCUCACUGUGGGGUCCUGUAGACCAACUGACACAGUAGUUUCACAGAUAGGCAGGACCUGAAAGAAUAACUCAAAUAGAAAACUUAAUGUUUCACAAUGCUUAAGUUGUUAUCUGCAGAGCAGCUAAGGGAAACUGUAAUCUUUUGACAAGGUCUACGUGAUUUUGAGGCAGUAGGCAACAAACAAUUAUGAGAAAGCAGGAGAGAAUAAGCUGACUUCAUGACUAGUGCUGGAUGUGCUGCAAGCUUGGUUAUUUUCAUUUCUCCCCCUCCCUUCUUCUCUGAUUAAUUUUGUAAAGUUUAUGGGGAUGGUUUCAAGGUGGCAACAUGGUUGGUCUGCAUUUAGGGCAUCAUUGUUCUUAAUCUGGCCCUGCAGUGAGGCAGCCUACCUUGCUUAUUAUUUCCCUACCCUAUCCCAAUAACUUCUUUUUUUUUUAAAGUAGAGAUGGGGUUUAGCUAUGUUUCCCAGGCUGGUCUUGACUCCUGGGCUCAAGUGAUGCAUCCACCUUGGCCUCCUAAAGUGCUGGAAUUUCAGAUGUGAGCCACUGCACCUGGCCUCCAAUAACUUUUGAACAAAUUCAGAAAAUUAAGUGAGGAUGCAAAGGGUUUACCUUUUCCCUUCAAACCUGCUCAGUGAAGAAAGAAUUUUAAAUCUAGGUUAUCCCACCCCCACUAUACCCCACACUCUUAUUUAUUUAUUUAUUUAUUUAUUUAUUUAUUUCCUUGUUAAGCCCUCUUAGGUAGUAAAAAGUACUGUGAUCACUUUAAAUAGCAAGCACACAUUCCCAGUUAGAUAACUGAAAAUAUUUAUUUAAAUAUGGAAUUUAGCUAGUCAAAUGUCAUACACAUACAAGACUCCUUCCCUGUGUCUCCAGCUGGGACAAAGCUGCAGGCGGACCUUCUCCUUCAGGGAGAGGGGUGUGAGCACUUUCUUCUGUCUGGCUUUUCUCCUCAUCCGCUAGGAUGCUGACCCCACCUCUGACCCCUCCUGAGGUGUAACCAGGAGAGAAAGGAGGGGAAGCAGGCAUGGAAAUUUCUGGCUUGUUUGGCCCCAUUGUCAGUUGCCCACAUGCUCCCUGGGCCAGUAGGUGUUGAAAGCAGACCCUUUUCUUCAUGCAUAAGAGGCUGACAAGGCAGGAAAUGCACUUGGUUUUUCCAGCUGCCCAUCUCCUUGGCAUCACAGAUCCACUCCACACAAAUCUCCCUUUGUGGAUAUCCCUUCUCCCUUCUAGGUGGUCCCUUGGGCCUGGCUAUCAGUCCUCUGUGACCUGCAUCUAAUCCAUGGGAAACACGCAUGUAGCCUCUGGUCCAACAAAAGGGAGAGGUCUUGUCCACUUCAAAUGCAGUGGUCAGUGUCUUUCUGCCUUUUUCCUCGGGUGGAAAAUCAGAGCCCCUCACUCCCAGAUUCCUCAGGAAAGCCAACAGCUGACCCAUGGGCCCACCCAAACACAGACUAGGCUCUAAGCAACCAUUGAUAUAAUUUGUCUAUAUCGAUUUGCCUAUUCUGUACAUUUCAUGUAAAUGAAAUUACAUAAUAUGUCUGUGACUGACCUGUUUCACUUGACAUGUUUUCAAAGUUCACUCAUGUCGUAGCACGUAGCAAUACUUCCUUCUUUUUUUGUGGCCCAGUAGUAUUCGACUGUAUGGCUAUGCUACAUUUUGUUUAUACAUUAAUCCACUGAGGAGCAUUUGAGUUGUUUACACCUUUUGGCUGUUGUGAAUAGACCACUAUGUGCAUUUGUGUGUACAAGUUUUUAUGUGAAGAUAUGUUUCAAUUUUGUGGGGUAUAUACCUACAAGUGGAGUUGCUGGUCAUGUGGUAAUUCUAGGUUUAACGUUUUGAGGGACUGCCAAACUCUUCUCCACAGCAUCAGACUAUUUUACAUUCUCACCAGCAAUGUAGAAGAAUUCCAAUUCUCCAUAUCCUCAUCAACACUUGUUAUGUUUCUUUUUUUUUCAGUAGCCAUCUCAGUGAAUGUGAAGUGGCAUCUCAUUAUGGUUUUGAUUUGCUUUUCUCUAAUAAGUAAUUAUGUUGAACAUCUUCUCAUGUGCUUAUUGGCUAUUCUUCUAUUUUUUUACAGAAAUAUAUAUAUUCAGUGUGUUUGCCCACAUUUUAAUUAUUUGUCUUUUGAUGUUGGGUUAUAAGAGUGUAUUGGAUAUUCUAAAUACUAGACUGAUAAGAAUCAGAUAUGUGAUUUGCAAAUUGUUUCUCCCAUUUUAUAGGUUGUCUUUUUUUACUUUCUUGUUAAUGUCCUUUGAUGCAAAGUUUGAAGCAAAGUUUUUGAUUUUUAUGAAGUCUGAUUUAUCUAUUUUUUCUUUUAUUGCUUGUGGCUUUGUUGUCAUAUAGAAGUAAUCAAUGCCAAGUCAAAGGUCAUGAAGAUGUACCCCUAAGUUUUCUUCUAAGAGUUGUAUUGUUUUAGCUCUUACAUUUAGGUCUUUGAUUCAUUUUGAGAUGGUUUUUAAAAACAGUGUGAGGUAAUAGUAUUUUGUUAUAGCAGCCUUAGCUAAGACAGCUUCUUUAAUUUCUUUCUACAAUAUUUUGAAGUUUUCGAAUAUAAGUUUUGUACUCUUUUUGUUAAACUUAUUUAUAAGUAUUUUAUUAUUUUUUAUGCUACUUGAAAUUGAAUUGUUUUCUUAGUUUCAUUUUUGGAUGGCUCAUUGCAAGUGUAUAGAAAUAUAAUUGACUUUUGUAUAUUGAUCUUGUGUCCUGCAGCUUUGCUAAACUCAUUAGUUCUAAUAUUUUUAGUAGAUUUCCUAGGAUUUCUGUAAGCAAGAUUAUAUCAUUUGUAAGAUGUAGUUUUACUUCUGUUUUUCCAAUCUAGGUUCCUUUUAUUUCUUUCCCUUGCCUAAUUGCCCUGUAUAGAACCCCUAGUAUAAUAUUGAGCAGAAGUGGCUAGAGUAGACAUCUUUGUCUUGUUCGUGAUCUUAGAGAGAAAACACAUAUUUUAAAAUUCUUACAAAGCCUUUCUUCAUCUACACUCUCUUGAGGCUUUAACCUGAACUGUUUAUGUAACCUGAACUGUUUCAGAGCCGUAUGACUCUAAAAGCCAUAUGGCUUUUUAUGACAUCCUGAACAAUAUCUGUAAGGUAUGGUUUGGAUGUUUGUCUCAUCCAAAUCUCAUGUUGAAAUGUAAUUCCUAGUGUUAAAAGUGGGGCGUAGUACGAGGUGUUUAGGUCAUGGGGGCAGAUGCCUCAUGACAGCUUGGUGCUGUCCUUUGGAUAAUGAGUGAGUUCUCACUCUGAGUUCAGGAGAGAAUAUGGUUGUAUAACAGUGUGUGGUACCUCCCAUCUCUCUCUCUAUUGCCCCUGCUCUCACCAUGUGAUGCACUGGCUCCCCUUUCACCUUCUGCCAUGAUUGGAAGAUUCCUGAGACCCUCACCAGAAGCAGAUGCUGGCAUCAUGCUUCUUGUACAGCCUGCAGAACCAUGAGCCAAAAUAAACCUCUUUUCUUUAUAAAUUACCCAGACUCAGAUAUUCCUUUAUAGCAACACAUAUUGUCUCCCUAGGAUAAGAUGUAUCAUGAUUGCCUAUGUGAAGAGAAUACAUAUGUUCAGCUAACAUGUGGAAACAUCUGCAGCAUGUUUAGACAGUUAUUAGGCAAUGUAAGCAGCUGUUUCCACUGGAAAACCCAGAAAAUGUCUAUUUGUAUGGACGCCGUGUUUUAAUAAGUAAUAAAACUUCAAAUAGAAAAAGGAAGAAAAAAUUUUCAAUACAAAGGAAAGAUAGUGUGUGCCUUCCUCAUUGUUACUCCAGAUAGGCCCCUGGAUUGACACCCCAGUUUAGAACCUUGGCCACU